AGGAAAGAAGAAGAAGAAGCCCGCAUCAUCCGCUGACGGAGCCAGGAGGAACCGACCAGAAGAACAGUAGAAAAAUGGCGUUCACAUUCGCGGCCUUUUGUUACAUGCUCGCUCUGCUGCUCACGGCGGCGCUUAUCUUUUUCGCUAUUUGGCACAUAAUUGCAUUUGAUGAGCUGAAGACUGACUACAAGAAUCCUAUAGAUCAAUGUAACACUUUAAAUCCGACAAUUGAAAAGGUCAAAAAGAUUAAGAGAGUCAAAAUUGCAAUAAAGCUGGUGCUGCCAGAGUAUCUCAUCCAUUUCUUUUUCUGUGUGAUGUUUCUGUGUGCGGCCGAGUGGCUCACCCUCGUCCUCAACUUACCGCUGCUGGCUUAUCACGUCUGGAGGUAUACAAGCAGACCCGUGAUGAGCUGUCCAGGACUCUAUGACCCGACUACCAUCAUGAAUGCCGACAUCCUGGCCUAUUGUCAAAAAGAAGGCUGGUGCAAACUGGCUUUCUACCUCCUCUCAUUCUUCUACUAUCUCUAUGGAAUGAUCUAUGUUCUGGUGAGCUCCUAAAGACGUGGAGGGAAACGGACCAGGCCGUACAGUAGAUGACCAGACACUAUGAUCCAAGUGCUGGAACACUGGACCUGCUGGAGACCACUGAUGAGCAACACGAGCCGUCAUUUCAAGUGGACGAUCCCCCCCGACAAACACACACAGUGCAGAGAGUCAUUCUGGAAACUUCUAACCUCUUUAAAGACUAUCUUGGUCGCAGCGUUUCUGUCAAAGCACUACAACUUAAAAAAAUAAUAAUCUGGAAAUACGGACAAAUUUCAACGGACAAGUUCAUUGUUUUCCUUUUUUUUUUUUUUUACAGUUUUUUUGCUUGAGAUUUAAAUAAAAAUAGUUUUCCAUCUUUGCUCCCUGCUUUCAAGUGUUUACAGAUUAGGAUUUGAGGUUUGUGUGUGAAUCUAAACCAUGUGUUGAUCUGCUUUAGGGUUUUGUUUUUUUUUUGUUCAUUUUUUACAGCUGAUGUACUCUGACCAGGUAGUUUAUCUCAAAGAUCUUAGCUGCAGACGGUUCAAUCUGUUCAGACUAAAGAUGGACUGAAGGAAUGAAAGAUGAGUGUAAUCUUGUAGUGAAACAUGACAUGCACACGGUCUUAUCAAGUUGUUUUUUUUCAAUGAAUUGUUUCAAUAUUUAAAAUCUGCCGUGCUCUACCUGUCCAAUAUUUAGUUGCAUCCAUUUAAAUCCAGAGGGAAUCAUGUGUUUUUUAAAAAAUUUUCUGUAAAUUUUCCCUUGUAGCUGUAAGUUACGUGAAAGGCCGACUUCACAGCGAUGUAUUCGACGUUUAUUUUAGAGCUUCAGUAGCAAACUGCUGAUGUGCCAUACUGUUGAAUCGUACCUUUUGAUGUUCUGUUUUUGGUUGAUUUGAACACAAAUGGUCCACGUUGUUAGCAUCUCUGGUCUAUUUAUUGUUUUCUGGAUUUUUACGUCAUUUUCUGUGACGUCAAGCACUCCUGCAUCUCCGUCAUCAAACUUCAUUAGUUCAAUAAAAGUCAUUUAGCUCAAGCUUC